GAAAAGCAAAAUCAGCAGAGUCAAUGAAUUAGACUCGCCUCUCAAAACACCCUUCCUCGACUGCACAGACAAAUUCCCCAGAUUUGCAGCUCCAUCACCACCAUGGCUGGCCAAUCCUCAUCCACAUCUACGGCCACUAACAUCAUGCUAGCAAUUCACGAGAAAAAGACAACCUCCCUCGACCUCUACCGUCCUCUCCGCAACUACAUCUCCAUGUUUUACUCCGAACGCGAAGCUCAAAACCUCGAAGACGAUCUCCAAACCGUCAAACAGUACCGUUCCGAUCUUGAACGCCAACCCGACCCGUCCCCUACUUCCCGCCGCGACCUCCUCCAAAAAUACUUUAAAGCCCUCUGUUUAAUCGAAACCCGAUUCCCAAUCUCCCCCGACAGCGAUCACAUCAAUACGGUCACGUUUGUCUGGUACGAUGCGUUUAAGCAAAAACAGAAAGCGUCGCAACAGAAUAUUCAUUUAGAGAAGGCUGCUGUGCUUUUUAAUUUGGGUGCCGUUUAUAGUCAGAUGGGGUUGUCGUUUGAUCGGGCCACGGUGGAGGGGAGGAGACAGGCGAUUCAUGCGUUUAUUGCUGCCGCUGGAUCGUUUGCUUUCUUGAGAGAUAAUGCGGCAACGAAAGCGUCCAUGGGGACGAGUACGACGGUUGAUUUGUCUGUCGAGUGUGUUGGGAUGUUGGAGAGGUUGAUGCUUGCACAAGCGCAGGAGUGUGUUUUUGAGAAUACUAUUGCUAAAGGGAGUACGCCGGGUGUUUGUGCCAAGAUUUCUCGGCAGGUUGGGUUGUACUACGAGGAAGCUUUAGCAGCACUGAAUGUUGCAUCUCUAAAAGAUCAUUUUGACAAGGGUUGGAUUGCCCAUGUCCAACUAAAAGCAGCUCUAUUCUAUGCAGAAGCCUGUUACCGGUAUAGUUUGGAGCUUCAUGAGAAAGAAGAAAUUGCAGAAGAAAUUGCACGGUUGAAGAGUGCGUCUAGUACGUUAGCAGAGGUGAAGAAAAGUUCAAGGGGGGCUGCAGCACAGAUUCUGGAUGCAAUUAGCAAGCUGGAAGCUAAUAUCAACCGCAAUCUGGACAGGGCUGUCAAGGAAAAUGAUAGAGUUUACCUCAUGAGGGUUCCUUCCCCUAGUUCCUUACCCCCUCUCCCAGCAUUUUCCAUGGUAAAGAUCAUGCCAAUGAACGAGGUACUUGAUGCCAGCAAGGAAAAGAUGUUUGCUAGUCUUGUUCCAGACAGCAGUGCAAAAGCUCUUUCAAGGUACACUGAAAUGGUCGAUGAUAUUAUCAGGACACAAGCUGAAAAAUUGCAACAAGGGAGUGAGCUAACUCGAGUGAGGCUCAAAGAAAUGGACCUGCCAGAUUCAAUUCUUUCUUUGGAAGGAAACUUUACGCUUCCAACAGAUCUUAAAGAAGAUGUGGAAGCAGUGCAAAUUAGUGGGGGCCCAGCUGGCCUUGAAGCUGAGUUACAGCAACUUAUGGAUUUGAGGAGGGUAAACCAUGAAUUGCUGGUUCAGACCGAGGAACUUCUGCAGAAGGAAGCAACAGAAGAUGCCCAAUUUAGAAGUCAAUUUGGGACACGGUGGACUAGGCCCCAAUCCAGCACUUUGACAAAGAACUUGCAGGAUAGAUUAAAUAGGUUUGCAGCCAACUUAAAGCAAGCUGCAGAUAGCGAUGCCAGAAUUGAGCGCUCAGUGAGGGAUCAUUCUGCGCUCAUGUCAAUUCUUGAUCGCCGACCGAUAGAAUCUGCACUUCCAACUUUAGCUAGGCCAAUAAUGUCUUUGGAUGCUAAUGAAGAUGCUAUAGUGGGGGCCUUGAAGCAGAGCUUGAGGCAAUUGGAGACUCUUGGCGCUCAACGAGCUGGUCUCGAGGACAUGCUCAAAGAGAUGAAACGGAAGGAUGAUGUCCUGCCAAAGCUGAUGACAUCCACUGGGUCCUAUGAAGAUCUUUUCAGGAAAGAGAUAGCAAAAUAUGAUCCCAUCCGUGAAGACAUUGCACAAAAUAUUGAGGCGCAAGAACAGUUGUUGCUGCAAAUUCAGGCUCAAAAUGAAGAGUUUUCUGCUGUCUUCAAUCUUGAAGAUUACAAAGCAUCUCGUGAGAAGUGUUAUAAGCAAAUACAGGCUGCCAUAGCCAAGUAUCGAGAAAUAAAGGAGAACAUCAACGAGGGAUUGAAGUUUUAUGUUACUCUUCAGGACGCCAUCACCAAUAUCAAACAGCAGUGCAGUGAUUUUGUGAUGACCAGAAAUAUCCAGUGUCGAGAAAUGAUUGAAGAUGUGCAAAGACAAAUGGCUGGACUAAGUUUUCAAGAUCGUAAAAACACAGGCUCGUACAGCUAUCCUGCAGUAAACCAGCCCCAUCAGACUCCAAGAUCCAGUUCGCAGCCUCCAUCGGAUCCUCAAAAUGUUCCACAUCCUCGCUCCCAAACAUCGUACUACCAGCCUCAUGAGCAAUCUACAAUGCCUGCUUAUGCCCACCCUCCAUCCCCUUAUACAACACCACAACAACCACCUCCCUAUCAUAUCCCCCCCGCUCCUGGUGCUCCUUACCCACCCCCACAGGUUCAACAACCAACAAGCCAGGAGUAUGGCCAGCCUGCCUAUCCAGGGUGGCGGGGCCCAUAUUACAAUGCCCAUGGACAACAAUCUGGAUCUCUCCCUCGGCCUCCUUACACUAUUCCAGGUCCAUACCCUCCUCACCAAGGCUACUAUAAACAAUAGUUCUCUUUUGACUUGAUAAUUUGAUAAUCUAUUGUGUGUUAUUUUUGUUGCUUGAUCUCAUCCUUGGUGGAAUAGAUUGGAUUUAGUCACAGCAUUUGGUUCCAAGGCAUAACAAUCGUGAAUAGCCAUUGGCUUUGAAUAAUCUCUGUAUGUGCGUUGCAUAGUUCUUGUUCAUGUUAUGCAUAUGUAUAGCUUGUUUAACUUAAAAAUAUGGAGGUGAUGCAGUACUAAGAGAAGUUUUCAUUAA